GUGGGGAACUCAAGUGGAUUUUAGCCAAAACAGUGUGGCUAAGCACUCCCAGCGCAAGCCUGUGCCAGGAGAUUAGCUCUAGGCUCACCUGGGCCAUGGCACAAAUUAGUCACCGCAGCUUGUGGUUUUACCAGUUGGCACAUCCUGUGCCGAGGCCGUUGACAUGGGGCAACCCAGCGGGUGUAUAAAGGAGCUGAUCCCCAUUGGCUGCCCUUGGCAGAGCCGAGAGCUUCUCACCGAGUAAUUAAUGCAAUGACAAUAAUAGACCCAAAGUAAACAAGGUGGAAGGGAAGGAAAAAAAAAAGAAAUCAAUGGGCUGAGAGCAGAGGCCACAUUCACAUUCAGUGGGGAGCAGUCCUGGCAGCUCGUGCCGUUGGGAAGACUCACAUGCAUCCUGGUGACGCUCCAGCGAGGGGUUUGAACAUCGGCUGUGACCGGAGCUGUGUCGGCAGCUGCUCCCACGCACCGGGCAGCAGGAGACCGGGGAGCUCUGCUACCACUUGUACAACCACACAAGGAACGUGGUGCAACUCUCACAGCUCCAGAACACACAGAAGAGGUUGGACCCAUCAACCAAAAUCAAACAGCUUUGAAUUUCAGAGCAGAUCUGAGCUUGCUCUGUAUUUCCACUUAACCCUUGCAGCAAAGGGACCAGAGGGAGCCCGAAUCCAGGGCUGUGCACAGAGGACGUGUGAAAGGUGACCCCUGGGUUGACAAGCCAUGUCAGGCAACAGAGCCCCGAGACAGAAGCCCUGCCACCACUGCAAGCGCAGGUCGGCCUCGGCCCCACCAGGCAUCUCCAUGAUCCACUACGAGAAGUCCUGGCUCUACCGUCACUGCUCCUCGGUGCAGCAGGGGGACAGGCAGGCUCAGAAAGCUGGGCAGCUCUUCUCUGGGCUGCUGGCCAUGAACGUGGUGUUUCUGGGCAGCGCCUUCAUCAGCAGCAUGAUCUUCAACCACGAGGCUAUCACGCUGGCGGACGUCUGGGUCUUGCUCUCCAUCCUCAAGGUCUUAUGCGUGUGCUGGAUCAUCUACUACCUGCUGGGCACCCGCCGGCGGCUGCAUGCUGUGGUGUACCGGGACUCCCACGCUGGGCCCAUCUGGAUUCGGGGGUCAGUGCUGCUGUUCGGCAGUUUGAGCAUCCUCCUGAACGUGUUUCAGAUCAGCUACAGCGCGAUUCUCAUUGAGUGCAAAUCUGGAGUGGAUAUUGUGUUUCCCAGUAUUGAAAUUAUUUUUAUUUGUGCCCAGGCUUUUUUCCUGUGGCAUCACUCGAAGGACUGCAUUCAAGUCCAGCACAACUUGACCAGGUGUGGGCUGAUGCUCACCAUAGCCACCAACCUCCUGCUCUGGCUCUCGGCCGUCACCAACGACACCAUGCACAUGGAGAUCGAGUCUCAGCUGCGCGAGGUGGAGCAGCGAUUCACAGGCAACCAGACUAGUUCAUGCACGUGCCCAAACAAAACCAUCUGCAAGGUCUUCCAGAAGGGCUACAUCCUGCUCUACCCCUUCAACACCGAGUACUGCCUUGUCUGCUGCUCCAUGCUCUAUGUCAUAUGGAAGAACGUGGGGAGACGCCUCAGCCACCCCCAUAUCCCUCACAUCAAGCCCAAUUUCAGGCUCCAGGGGGUUGUCUUUGGGCCACUGCUGGGCGCAACUUCUGUCAUCAUUGGGAUCUGUGUCUUCAUGAUCUACCAGAUCCAGGCCACCGGCUCAGUCCCCAAUGUCCAGGCCUUCGUGAUGUAUUAUUCCUACUAUAUUGUGCUCCUGCCUGUGAUGAGCGUGGUCGCAGUGAUUGGAACCGUCAUCCACGCCUUGGAAAAAAAGGAGCUGGACACACUGAAGAACCCAACCCGCAGCCUGGAUGUGAUCCUGUUGAUGGGAGCGGCCCUCGGCCAAAUCGGCAUGUGCUACUUCUCCAUCGUUGCCAUUGUGGCCACUAACGCCAGGGACCUGUUAAACAGUCUCAUCCUGUCCUAUUCUGUCCUCCUCAUCUUUCAGAACAUCACCCAAAACAUCUUCAUCAUUGAUGGGCUUCACCGGCAACCUGUCACAGCAGCAGCCGAGGCCAGACACACAGGACGCACCGGGCAGCGUGGAUCGGCUUCGGAGCUACCUGAAGAAGCAGAAACCACGGCAAGCAGCAGACGGGAACGCACACAGACCUCUCCCGACAAAGUGGAGGAAGUUAAAGAAGAGCGGCCUCAGGAAGGCCCCAGCCAGAGACGCGUGAGCGUGCUGGAGCUGGGACAGGAGAUCCGGAAAGUUUCGCUGUCCUAUAUCCAUAACUACUCUCACCUGAGUUGGAAGAGAAGAGUAUUAAGAGAGAUCUCAUUCUUCUUGGUUUUGUGCAACAUCAUACUCUGGGUCAUGCCCACCUUUGGGGCUCACCCCGUCUUUGAGAACGGACUGGAAAAGUCGUUCUACGGCUACUCCACCUGGUUUGCCAUCGUGAACUUCGGCCUCCCGCUGAGCGUGUUCUACCGAAUGCACUCGGUCGGGGGACUCGUGGAGAUCUACGCCACAGCCUGAACCAAACCGACUCCCCACCCCACAGCCUGGGGUGAAACAACCAUGCUGAACAAAGACACAAUAAGCAGCAGACAUGCACAUGGAAGCUUUUAAGCUGCUUUCCCCUCCGGCUUCUGCUUUGACUUCUCCUUGCACAACAUCUCUGUGAGUUUCAGAAGAAAGGGAGGUCGCUUUAUAUUAUCAUUUUUUCUCCAUAGAGAGUAGACUCAAAGCCCUUUAAUAGACUCAGUGCUCCAAGGAAAUAUGCACACUGGUACUUCUCUACCAGCAAUCUACCAGUGGAUGCUGUGUGGUAGCCAGUGGGACCUUAUAUCUCCUAUUGAAAUCUUCCAAAUAAAAGAGUACAAGAGCAGCCUUCAACAAAAGCAAUUAAGAAAAAAAAAAGAGGACCUACACUCCACAGAACUUUAAACAUUCACAGUCCAGGACCACCAGCCCCAGCACCGCUCACCAUCCCACCAUCCUGCAGCACAGAAGAGACUGAUUGGUACCAGCUGCUCCAGAAGCACCCACAGCCAUUCAGAAACAAACCAAAUGCAGACUUUUCAUGUGUAAUUUUCAGUAAUACAUUGGUAGUUGCUCUAAUGGUCAGAACAAGGACUGCUUUCUGUUUGUUCCUGGUGCUGACAUCUGGCACAUGAACUUGUGUGAGUGCUGUAGAACCCCGGAGUGCCAGGCUCCUGCAGCUCUCAGGACUGAGGAGCAGGACAGGCUGCCAGCCCUGCACCGGCUCAGUGCAUCUUUUCUCACUGUCGAAAAAUAGAAGCUAUAACGUUACUUUGCCUUGCUAAGAAUAAACACUGUUUCUCCUCACAGAGCCUCAGGUGAGCGGCACUCAAGAAGUACUCUGGCUGAUCUCUACUUGACCGGACUCGAGCAGGAUGUUCUCACCAGGGUGUACCAGCAAAGGUCCCAAUGUUGCAGACAGAGCUGGUUCAAAAAAAGAGCUCCUGCCCAAUCUGCCUCCCCACCCCAGCACCAGGAUCCUCACCGCUGCUCUGUACGUGCACAAACAUUUUGCAAGGCGCACCGAGCGUCAGGGAACGGGUGCAGAGCGCGGCGCCUGCCCAAAGACCCAUCAGUACCUGUUCCGUAGGAGACACUUUGUGAGCACACGGAGAGCAAGGGGGCUUGUGACUGUGGGUCCCAAAUAUAGAGCCUGAUGAAUGGAAAUAAAGAGAUUAAAUUUUCA